GCAGCUGGGCCCGCGGAGCUGGAGCUGGAUACCGAGCCGGGGCCCGGGCGGGAGUCAGGGCAAGGGCCGGGCCGGAGCGGGCUUCAGCGAUAUGGGGUCGGCGGACUCCAAGCUGAACUUCCGAAAGGCGGUGAUCCAGCUCACCACCAAGACGCAGCCCGUGGAAGCCACUGAUGACGCCUUUUGGGACCAGUUCUGGGCGGACACGGCCACCUCGGUGCAGGAUGUCUUUGCACUGGUGCCAGCAGCGGAGAUCCGGGCAGUGCGAGAGGAGUCGCCCUCCAACCUGGCCACUCUGUGCUACAAGGCUGUUGAGAAGCUGGUGCAGGGAGCUGAGAGCGGCUGCCAUUCGGAGAAGGAGAAGCAGAUUGUCCUGAACUGCAGCCGGCUGCUCACCCGCGUGCUGCCCUACAUCUUUGAGGACCCUGACUGGAGGGGCUUCUUCUGGUCCACAGUGCCCGGGGCCGGGCGAGGAGCGGGAGAGGACGAUGAGGAGAACGCGCGGCCCCUGGCCGAGUCCCUGCUCCUGGCCGUCGCUGAUCUGCUCUUCUGCCCAGAUUUCACCGUCCAGAGCCACCGGAGGAGCACCGUGGACUCGGCGGAGGACAUCCACUCUCUGGACAGCUGUGAAUACAUCUGGGAGGCUGGUGUGGGCUUUGCUCACUCCCCGCAGCCCAACUACAACCACGACAUGAACCGGAUGGAGCUGCUGAAACUGCUGCUGACAUGCUUCUCUGAGGCCAUGUACCUGCCCCCAGCUCCAGACAGCAGCAGCGUCAAUCCAUGGGUGCAGUUUUUUUGUUCCACAGAGAACAGACACGCCCUGCCCCUCUUCACCUCCCUCCUCAACACCGUGUGUGCCUAUGACCCUGUGGGCUACGGGAUCCCCUACAACCACCUGCUCUUCUCUGACCACCGGGAACCCCUGGUGGAGGAGGCUGCUCAAGUGCUCAUUGUCAGCUUGGACCAUGACGGCGCCACGCCCACCGUGGACGGUACCACCACAGGCACGGCCAUGGAUGAUGCUGACCCUCCAGGGCCCGAGAACCUGUUUGUGAACUACCUGUCCCGCAUCCAUCGCGAGGAGGACUUCCAGUUCAUCCUCAAGGGCAUAGCCCGGCUGCUCUCCAACCCCCUGCUCCAGACCUACCUGCCCAACUCCACCAAGAAGAUCCAGUUCCACCAGGAGUUGCUGGUCCUCUUCUGGAAGCUCUGCGACUUCAACAAGAAAUUCCUCUUCUUUGUGCUGAAGAGCAGCGAUGUGCUGGAUAUCCUGGUGCCUAUUCUCCACUUCCUCAACGAUGCCCGAGCCGAUCAGUCUCGGGUGGGCCUGAUGCACAUCGGCGUCUUUAUCCUGCUGCUUCUGAGCGGCGAACGGAACUUCGGGGUGCGGCUGAACAAGCCCUACUCAGUGCGUGUGCCCAUGGACAUCCCGGUCUUCACCGGCACCCACGCCGACCUGCUCAUUGUGGUUUUCCACAAGAUCAUCACCAGCGGGCACCAGCGGCUGCAGCCCCUCUUCGAUUGUCUGCUCACCAUCGUCGUCAACGUGUCCCCCUACCUCAAGAGCCUGUCCAUGGUGGCCGCCAACAAGCUGCUGCACCUGCUGGAGGCCUUCUCCACCACCUGGUUCCUCUUCUCUGCCGCCCAGAACCACCACCUGGUUUUCUUCCUCCUGGAGGUCUUCAACAACAUCAUCCAGUACCAGUUUGACGGCAACUCCAACCUGGUCUACGCCAUCAUCCGAAAGCGCAGCGUCUUCCACCAGCUGGCCAACCUGCCCACCGACCCGCCCACCAUCCACAAGGCGCUGCAGCGGCGCCGCCGGGCGCCCGAGACCUUGUCCCGCACCAGCUCACAGGAGGGCGUCUCCAUGGAGGGCUCCCACCCCGCUGCCCCCGCCGAGCCGGGCACCCUCAAGGCCAGCCUGGUGGCCACCCCAGGCAUUGAGAAGCUGACGGAGAAGUCCCAGGUGUCAGAGGAUGGCACCCUGCGAUCCCUGGAGCCUGCACCCCAGCAGAGCUCGGCAGAGGGCAGCCCAGCCUCAGAGGAGCCCAGCCAGGCGUGGCGGGAGCAGCGGCGACUGUCCAGCGCAUCAGCCGGUGGGCAGUGGAGCCCGACAUCGGAGUGGGUCCUCUCCUGGAAGUCGAAGCUUCCGCUGCAAACCAUCAUGCGGCUGCUCCAGGUGCUGGUUCCCCAGGUGGAGAAGAUCUGCAUUGACAAGGGCCUGACGGACGAGUCAGAGAUCCUGCGGUUCCUGCAACAUGGCACCCUGGUGGGGCUGCUGCCCGUGCCCCACCCCAUCCUCAUCCGCAAGUACCAGGCCAACUCGGGCACGGCCAUGUGGUUCCGCACCUACAUGUGGGGCGUCAUCUAUCUGAGGAACGUGGACCCACCUGUCUGGUACGACACAGACGUGAAGCUGUUUGAGAUCCAGCGGGUGUGAAGAUGGAAGCCUGCAAGGGGCAGGGACCAGGGGAGGGCAGGGGACCCUGGUCCCCCGAUGUUCCCCCUGACCCACCAUUCUGAGCUUUAAAUUACUACGGUCAGGGCUCGGGGCUUGAGUGGCUGAGUCCUGAGUGGCAGAGCCUGGAGGCCCCUUGUGGCUGGGAUGGUGGGGACGCCCCUGCCCCCUGCCUCCAGGCUGGACUGAGAGGAACCUUCUGUCUCCAGGGCUGCAGCCCUCCACCAGGGGCCCACCUCACUCUGGCUCCCCUUCGGGACCCGUUUCUGUGCUGACCCUCAGUGCCCGCCUGGCUCCUGAGCUGCCCAGCCCUGGAGGCCACCAGGUCACUGUGCCCUAGUGGGCUGCCCAAGAGGGAGUCUUGGGUGGCCCCUUGAGGCACCUGGGCAGGGUGAGGGGAGCCUUUCCAAGCCUCCUAACCUGAAACCACCUGGUCCGGGCCCGGCUCGCUGCCAGGACCCCGGGAAGGAGGGUGACCAGGCUGCUUGUGGAGGAGGUUGGGGGCUGACAGGCACCAGAAGCCAGGCGAGGGGACCUCGCGCAUUUUAGGGAUUUGGAGGGGGGUGUUGAGAGUCUCCUGCUAUAUUCUUCUGGGUCAGUGAAUAUAGCCUGGCUGGCUCUGGUACGGUAAUGAAUGGGGGCGGGGGAACAGCUGAUCGGUCCUCCCUGCCCCUGCCCACUGCCUGAUGACUUGCGGGGCGGGAGACCAGGAUACCAAUGCCCCAUCCUCCUGAUUCUGGCUUCUUGGUCUCCCUCACCCCACCUGUGUCAGUACAAUCUUUGCUCUGUACAAUCGGCCUCUUUACACAAUAAAACCCCCUCUCCAUGCCCUGCGUCUUUGUGCUUGGAGGGGAG